AUGUUGUUCAACUUGGUCUUUGCAAUUUUUAUCGCUCUGUCUCAUGCAGCAACUUUCUUGACACAAGAAAAUAGUCUGCAAUCCCGAGACAACACAACUUCCGGCAUAUCUGAAGAUUUAUUCGACAAGUUCAAGCUAUUCGCCAACUUCACAUCAGCAGCAUAUUGUCCCAGCAAUGAAUUGGCUGAUUCGACAGCCGGGACUCUCAUCACGUGCCCAGGAACAAAUUGUACUCUCGUUGAAGCAGACAAUGUCACUUCUAUUGUGGAAUUUGGAGGCUCGAAUGACACAACUGUGACGGAUAUCAAAGGGUUUGUCUCCUUGGAUCCAUCUAAAUCACUCGUCGUCGUCGCUUUUGCAGGGUCGGGCUCCACUGUUCGAGAUUGGAUUGCGGAUUUUGCAUUCAUCAUGGUUGAGUAUACGCUCACGGGAUGCACCUCAUGUUGGAUUCACGCGGGCUUCUCGACAGGCUGGAGUGAACGUCGUAUCGUUGUCCUCGAUGCAGUUACCACCGCUUUGGCUGACAAUCCUUCCUACUCCAUCGUCAUCACUGGUCACAGCAUCGGUGCUGCAAUUGCGACUCUGGCUGCUGCUGAGCUGCGGAGUAUGAACUAUUCCGUUGAUACAUACACUUUUGGCUCGCCGAGAGUUGGAGACACUGCUUUCGCAACAUUUGUGACAGACCAGGCUCCUGCUUUGGGAAACAAUUACAGGAUGACACACUUCAAUGAUCCCGUACCGCAGAUUCCUCCUACCUGGAUCGGCUAUGAGCACACGACUCCGGAAUACUGGUUGAGUGAUGGAACAGAUACGACCAAUAACUACAAUGCGAGUGAUGUGGUUAUGAAGCGGCGCAACAAGUACUUCCACAGAUUUACAUAUGCACACAAAUUCUACAACAACACUUUACCUUUCCGCAUCCGAAACGGAGCCCCUCGAGAACCACUUGUGGCGUAUAAACGUCCUAAAUCAGUCAAUUCGAGACUUACACUUUCUAAUUGCGACCUCCCAAUGAACCCAGCAACUUGCGCUCUGACGCACACCAGGAGCUUUGCGCCGAAUCCGAACUACGGCCUCGACUGCGCAUUCCCUGCCAUCUCCCCCCAAAUCGUAGCGAUCAUGUCAGCUAGCAAUACAAUCCCUUCCGAAGAAUCAAAAUCCGAACUUGUACCUAUCAUCAACUCCGACGAUUCCUCUUCAGAAGUUGCGCCGAAGUUGAAAGUCUUCACGCUCUUCCCUCUCCUCCCCCUUGAAUUGAGACGCAACAUUUGGUGUCACACAUUCCUGGACACAAGAUAUGUGUGCUUGGAUACAGACUCUCUGGCUCGUUGUCGACAUAUUAAGUGGACUUGGGAAGGCGAAUAUGAGUCUCUCGCGCUCGAGAAGAGCCAAAGCCUCCCAGUGGCAAUGUUCGUCAACUCCGAAAGUCGUCAGGAGGCGCUGAUGCACUACAUCACCGUCGAACGACUCAGAUACAUUGGCGUGACUCCCAUGAUCAAGCCCAAACCUCUGUGUUUCAGUAUCGAAUCGGAUAGGGCGUAUAUAUCGCAGUAUAUGCUUCGCGAAGGUCACUGUGAUAGAUGGUUCAAUUCUAUCAAAUUCAAGAAUCCUGAAUUUUUCGAUCGUCUGCAGGUGUUGGACAUUCGAGGCUUCGAGUUUGACAGGAAGUCUCGGCAUUCUCUCGUUAAUGCGGCGAAGCCGCGAGAUGAGGACCACAUGCGUGGAGACUACUUCUUCUGUCAACCUUUACUUCGUUUCAAAGGUCUGAAGCUCGUCAAGAUAUUCAUGCAGGACUUCAUCUACCCAACUCGCAGUUUGGCGCUUGCCGAGCAGGACUUGCUGAGGUGUGCUAAUGCAUUUUUCGAGCGUCACAAGGAAGUAUGGGGUGGCAAGCCUCCAAUGGUGGAAGUUCAAGAAUAUGAUGCAACUCUUGGUCACAAUUUUGGACUAUGAUAUGUUCUGUGUGGGGCUGUUGCGGUUUAUUAUUAAAAUUCUAACUUAUUUACAUGAGCCCUCACAUAACUUGCGGGCAAUUCCUCAUUUGGUAAACCAGGCUCAAUAUUCAUCUUGAAGUACCGGAAGACGAGAUCUUCAACCUUUGUAAACGAAUUAUCGAAUUCCGAGUAGACGUUCAUGGGAUCCCGGACGCGAUCUUGAUCCAGGUU